GCGUCCCUUCAGCUCACCUCCAGCACCGGUCCGUGUGACGUGAGUCUACCCGCAUAGCACCGCCGGUCAGGACGGGAGACGGAUGCCUCCUCGCGCUCUAUAUUUAGAUGUGAAGCCUGGACAAACAAGAAAACUGAAACAAUCGCAGGAAUCGGAAACAAAUAACGAGAGGCCAGGCAGCCAUGGCCUCGGUUAAAACCGACAACAGACUGACCGGUUCUCAAAGCUUCGCGUGCGUCGGUUUCGCCGGGUUUUUCAGCAAAACCGUAACGUCGCCUCUGGAGGUGGUAAAACUUAAGAGCCAAGUGGGCACUUUCCACUGUAAGAGGGGUUUCUGGCAGAGCUUCCUGCUCAUCUACCAGAAUGAGGGACUUCGAGGAUUUUGGAAGGGAAAUCUCGCCUCUUGUCUCCGGUUGUUCCCUUACACCGCGGUUCAUCUCACAACAUACAAAAAGAUAGUCCACCUUCACAUGGAUGAACUGGGCUUCAUCUCCCAGUGGAGGGCCAUAUUUGCCGGUGGACUGGCUGGCGUCGCUGCUGCUCUGGCCACGUACCCACUGGAGGUGGUGGAGACCAGGCUCAUCGCUCAGAACUGCAGACUGCCCACGUACAUCGGCGUAGUUCACACUCUCUCAAAGAUCUACAGGAGUGAGGGGCUUCUAGCCCUCUACAGGGGCUUUUCCCUCACUGUCUUAGGUGCAUUUCCCUUUUCUAUCGGAUGCUAUGCAGUCUACAUGAACGUGGACAAGCUCUGGCAGGAGCCUCCUUUUCGCUUCACUCCUCUCCAGAACUUCAUUAGUGGCUGUAUUGCAGCAGGAGUGUCUCAAACCCUCUCGUACCCUUUUGAAACAGUAAAAAGGAAGAUGCAGGCGCAGAGUGCCCGUCUUCCCCAUUUUGGUGGAGUUGACGUCCAUUUCACUGGGAUUAUUGACUGUUUCAUACAGGUUGUUAGAAACAAAGGCGUCCUCUCAUUGUGGAAUGGCCUCACCGCCAACACAAUAAAGAUCGUCCCCUGCUUUGGCCUUCUUUAUACCUGCUUUGAGAUGUGUAAGCAAGUCUGCCUGUACCGCAAUGGGUACAUCGUCUCGCCUCUGAGCUACAAGCUUGCACCGGGGGUCGACCAGAGCCUCGGGCCGUACGAGCUGGAAGAGGUGAAGCGCUACUUGAGAAACAGAAACUUUGGCUCGGGGGAGUCGUCUUUAGGAAACCGUUGGUGAAGCUUCACACGAGAAGAUGUCUUGUGAAAAAAUAUUGACUGCUGGUCGCACUUGACCGUCAAAAUUUGUUAUUUGUCGGACUGAAAUACUUCAAAGGCCUGUGUCUGUAAUAAUUACAGAACAACGUGUUUCAGGUUUCAUGUCUACAUAAAAGCAAAUAACGUGCAUUUUACAGUACUGUGUGUGAUGUCAGCAACGGUCUACCUCUUUCAAAACAUUGUUAUUUUAUUUGACAGUAGUAUUUGUCAAUGAAUUGUUCACUCACCCAUUAUGUAUUUCCAUGAUUUUAUUUAACCAAAUAUCAUGUGCCUUGUGAGUUAACUAUUUAUUUGGUGCUUAUUUUAAUUAUUGUUUUAACAACAUCAAAUAGUGCCAUAGUUUAUUCACAUAGGUUACAGAUGGUCUUUUACUCUGUAAAUUCAAAUUUGAGAAUUAUGAUCAUAUGCUAUUGUUGUAUAAUAGGCUGCUUGGGUGAUAGAUUAUAUUUUUAUUGUACAGUGAAUGUAAAGUUUUGAUAAGUGUGAGUAGGUUGUGGACAAUCAAGUACAAGUGCUGACGAGGAUUGUGAUGGAAGAGAUGUGCUCAGAACAUUAAAAAUGUCCUUGUCACUGACACAUUGUU